AGCCAGGGGUCUCCUCGUCACGCUCGGCCUUGCGGUCUCGCUUCUCCCCCAAUUCCAGCCGCGAAAAAUCCGAAAACCCUCGCCCCCACCCUAGCGAUGGCCGGAGAAGACGCCGCCGCCGCCGCUUCCGCUGGCGCCGCAGCGGUCCAGAGGCGCCCGAAGGUGGUGGAAGAAGACGACGAUGAAGACGAUUUCGUGCCGCUCUCGCAUGCCCGGGGAAGGAAGAAAGCGAGCGGUGCGGCCGCCCCCAAGUAUAAAGAGGAGGAGGAGGAAGACGAGGAUGACGAUGAAGAGGACAACGUGCCGCUCGCGGUUUCUCGGGCCAAGAAGGCGGGCAAUGCGGGUGCCUCCAAGGCCAAGAAGGACGAGGACGACAGCGGCGACGAUGACGACGACUACCACGUGCCGCUCUCGCGGUCCAAUAAGGGAAAAGAGAAGCAGAAAAGCACCGUUAAGGCUAAGGUUAAGAAGGAAGAAACCGAUUCCGAUGAUGAACGCAAGCCAAAGGCGCAGAAGAAAAGUUCAGCUGUGACCAAGACCUCCAAGGUUAAGAAAAUAAAAGAUGAGGAUCUGGAAAUCGAUACCAAGAAAAUAAAGAAGGGUGCUGCCACUAGAAAGGGAGAUGCAGAGAAGGUGAAGAAAGAGAAAAAGGUGUAUGAUUUGCCAGGGCAGAAGCAUGAUCCUCCUCAAGAAAGGGAUCCACUGAGGAUAUUCUAUGAAUCGCUCUAUGAGCAGGUGCCCACUAGUGAAAUGGCUGCAAUCUGGUUGAUGGAAUGGGGUUUACUCCCAGUGGAUGUGGCUCAAAAGGUCUUUGAGAAGAAACAGGGCCAGAAACUGAAGUCGCCAGUGAAAACAACCUCUGCAAAGAGAAGGCCAGACACUCCAACCAAAAAGCCACAGUUGUCAUCUGCUACAAAAACCAACUCAGCCGUAAAGGAUUCUGGAAAAACUACCGCGCAGAAGAAGAGGAGGGCAAGCAGUGACACAGAUGAUGACGAUGAUGACUUCAUUGUUUCUAAGACGAAGACCAAAAUGCAAAAGAUGAAUAGCUAGGGGUAUCAUCCUUGGCAUAAUUGCUGAAUCAGGGUAACCUUAGGAAAAGAUGAGAGAUUUUCCCUUUCCAUGUACUGACAUGCAUGAGCAUCUGGAUACUGAAGUGAAGGAAUGCACUGCUUAGAAGUUCCACCUGUUGCUUAGUUCUGGAAUGACAAUGGUUUUCCUGACCAGAAUGAAGGGAAAAUGUUUCAAAUUAUUCA